AUGGGAGUUGAGUGCUGCAAGGUUCACGAACUCGCGAUGACAAAGGGAACACUCGAAGCCCUUUCCCCUUCAGCCGUUGAUGAUAUGUCUGCAGACAAAGCCGAGAUGGUCGUGAUGUCUGUGCAGCGCUCAGCGUCGUUUGGUAGAGAUCGUGGAUGGGUAAAGAUGACAGGGCACGCCUUGGGAACUGAGGUCAUCGACCGCGUGCCGGAGCGCUUCUCCGGGACUUGCCUCAAGGAAAGUUCAUGGUAG